GAGGGCACCCAGCCCGGCAGAUGCAGCUGGCGGCGGAGGCGGCCGGAGCCAGCGAGCGGGGCAGGAUGCGGGAAGGGCUCCUGCUCUGGACCUGGCUUCUCCUCCCAGGGUGCCGGGCGCUGACGGGCCCCGCGGAGGCCAGCGGGCCCCUGGGCGGCACCGUGUCGGUGCCCUGCGCCUACAGGCCGGAGCUGGCGGGGGCUGUGAAAUACUGGUGCCGGGGCAGCAGCUGGCUCAGCUGCUCCGUCCUCGUGGAGACGACGGCCGGCGGGGACGAGGCGAGGGGGGACAGGGUGCGGCUGCGGGACGACCGCGCUCGGCACGUGUUCGUGGUGACCAUGGAGAACCUGACGGCGGGCGACGGGGACACGUACUGGUGCGGGGUCCAGCUGCUGUGGCACGACCCCAUGCUGCGCGUCGCCGUGUCCGUCCUGCCAGCGCCCAACACGACGGAGCACCCCCUCCACACGCCGGGGCAGGAGGAGCCCACGCCGGCUGCCAGCUCCCCGUGGGAUCCCCUGGUGCCGGCGAGCACUGCCUCCACGCUCGACAGCAGCAGCCCGUGGGCCCGCGCCCCAGGCCUGGCUGUCUUGGUCCUGCUGCCGUCCGUGGCGCUGGUUCUGGGCAUCGCUGUCGGCCUCAGGCUGAGAAGGGCAUCGCCAGCAAAGAGCAGCGGUGGCCGGGACGCGGAGAGGAGGGGGAACAAGGACCACCAGGGCCCCAGGGGCUGGGGGCAGGCGGCCGCUCCCCCCAACCUCUACACGAACACCAGGCAGGAGCUCGACUCGCCCGAGGAUGACUAUGAGAACAGCCCGGCCAUGCGCCAGGACUUAGAGAAGAGACAUGAGGUUUCCUUCCCCAGCGCAAGAAGCUCUGCUCUGGAUCCCCAGCCGAUCUACAUCAACGCGUGGCCGGCCGGUCCCCGCUCAGGCCCUCGAUCCCAGGCAGGGAAAGGCAUCCGAUGAACCUCUCCCGCUCUCCAGGCUUAUUUUCUGCCCUGCAAAAGCUUUCUGCCCGGUCUCUCCAACGGCUGGAAUAUCGGGACCUCCAACUCCCUGGAGGCAACGUUGGUGCUCCUGGAGCCGGCUUGGUGCAAGGACCCUGCAGCCGAGGUCGCUCCUCGGCCCGUCCUGCCCUCCGGGGCUUCGGCGAGAGCCGGGGCAGCCCGGGGAGACGGGUUUGGGGGAGAUGCUGUAAGAGCCCCGUUUAAUAAAGCAGGCGGGAGCGGCGCGGUGAGAAGCGGUGUCCCGGGGGGUUUUGCUGCCACUGCUGCGCCUCUCCCUGGUCUCCACCGCGCUGCUGAGCCCGGCCUUGACUUGUCACUGCCCGCUUUGGGGACAGGGAGCCCCUUUGGUCUGCACUCCGGUCGGAGCCUGCUGCUCCCGCAUUGCUGGCGUGAGCCCUCAUUUUGGGGAGCGGGUCCCUAAAGGGACACGGGGGACGGCUCUUGUUCGUGUGUGUGAUGCUCCCGAGCAAUAGGGAGCAGCUUCCCGCGUGUGCCCUGAGUGCCGCCGGUCUCUGCACAGCCUCUUGUGCUGGUGUCGCAGCCGAGCGCCCUCUUCAAACUCACUGUUCUCCCCACCCUGCCAUGAGGUCUCAAAAGCAGAACAGUUCCAGAUUUGGGCCAUUUUUGAAACAUCCACAAAUCAGGGGGUUAAAGCCUAGCGUCUCUGGUCCAGGCUCCAACCUGCUGCUGACCAGGGCAGACGCGGCGGCCGGGGGGGACGCAGCCUGCCCGCGCCUGGGGGUGACAUCUGUGCACCUGCGUGGGGGCUGCUCGUUGUGGAGAGACCAGCCUAGAGCCGCUAAAGCAGCCCCCCUCCCGGUUAUUUCAUCCUCUGUGGUUUUUAUGUUCAAGAAUAA